AUGACCCGACCCCUAGCCGCUCCAGUGGCGCACUCACAGACCGCACUAGCCUUACUUCAAGAGUCGCUGCACACGCCUCGGUACUCGUGUGCAUGCUCGGCGAUCGAUGAUCUCGUCUCGCCCGCUCCGACGUCAGCCAACCCCGCCGCGGCCGUCGCCUUCGUAACCGGAGCAGCUGGCGAUUCUUCUGCGACAACAUUUACAUCGACAGGAUUGGUACAAGCAUCGGUGUUGGAGCUGGUUGGACCUCCCGGAUCGGGCAAGACGAGGACCGCGCUAGGCUAUGCACUGCAUACGAGGUUCAACGCGAUCGCAGCUUCGAGGGACGACGACGACGACGACGACGACGACGACGACGACGACGAAGACGACGAAUCGACUUCAUCAACGGGCGAGGAAGUUUUGCUUGUGGGUAAGAGUGUUCCUACUUGGUAGAACUUUUCCAACCUCGAGGUUCUCACACUAAUCUUUGGGGAACGAUCAUAUUCUUCCAGACGCCGAAGGAUCUCUUCUGCCUUCAUUGAUCCACAAAACGGCAACACUAUUUGCCCAACAUACAGGAGGUGAGUCACUAAAACGCUCCGAGAACAGGAUAUUCCUGAAUGGAAAGUUUACCUCCUCCAACAGGUGAUGCAAGCGACGUCCAAGCCGCGCUCGACGGACUGCACUACCAACGGAUCACCGACGUCUCGCUCCUGAUCGCAUUGCUAUAUUCGUUACCGGCAUGGCUCGAAAAGCACCCCAAGGUCAGUGAAGUUCCACUAGCCUAAGCUUUUGAGUAGGAAUUCUCCUGACUCAACCUCCGCUUCGCCCCCGCGUGUCCUCUCAAACCCUACGUCUCACCCGCUUCGCAGGUCACACUCCUAAUACUCGACUCGCUGACCUCGCACCUGCGACCGACCUCCCUCACCCCUCAAACCCGAACCUACAUCCUCGCCCAGUUGCACUCCCUCAUACACCGCCUAACGUUCCAGCACAAACUCACCAUAAUACUCACCUCCGCCUUGGCACUCAAGCUUUUCGACCCGAAUGGUGAACCGACCACAUUCGGGGGUCGAACAAGGAUGCUGAGGCUUUGCUGAUCCCUCAACUGGGGGAAAGUUGGAUCCCCGUCAAUGAAGGGGUGCAGUUCUAUAGGAUCGUGUUGUACUUUGAUUUGGAGGGAGAAAGGUGGAUGAAAGAAUCUUUUCCCUGUCUGACAUGCGGUUCGCACAGGACUGAUCUUGUUUCUUUCGACGGAUUUCAGAUUGACAAAACUCUUGGCCGCGCCUGGACCGACACGGCGGACGAAAGGAGAGUUCACUAUGGAUGUCAGUGCUUCCUCUCUCGCACAAUCGACAGCUUCACAUUCUCGAAAAAAUGCUCAUCCCACUCUCUUCACAUUGAAAAGGCCCUUGGUCCCUGCGACCACCCAACAUCGACAGCGUUCGACGACGUCGCUUCUCAAAACUCACAGAUAUGA